GUAACUGCCAAUGAUGACAAAUGGCAUCACAUUUGUACAACCUGGGAGAAUGGUGAGGGUUCAUGGCACUUUUACAUUGAUGCUGAACUGAAGGGAAAUGGAAGCGAUUUCCAAACGGGUCAUGUGAUCAGCAGUGGUGGGAUUGUCAUCCUCGGCCAAGAUCAAGACAAAUACGGAGGUGGAUUCGAGAGUUCUCAGAGUUUUAACGGCAAGAUGUUUGGCGUGAACAUGUGGGAUUAUGAAAUGUCGGAGGACGAAAUUGCGCAGCUGUCUUCAAGUUGUUUUGAUCCAGAGGGCAAUUAUCUAAAAUGGGGCGAUUUCAAGGGCGGUGAAGAAGGGGAUGUGGAAAUUGAAGCACCGACAACAUGCCUUCCCUUGCAAUAAGCAUCCACUGAUGAAUCAGUUACUUAAAUUAAGGCUAUAAGCGGACUAGAGUAAUUGUAGAUUGCUAUCGGGGUGUAUUAAAAGUAAUGCAAGUAUAUACGUCCUUUGAGUGGUUCAAUUUGUUUUAAAAUGCAUUAAAAACUGAUCUUUUCUCUUUUUAACUCCUUAAUCCUUCAGGAAAAUCGAUAUCAAACCUCGUCCAGACGUUUUUCAAGUUUACACACAAUCUCGUAUCCAGCGACUCUGGGUAUGGGAUGGCAUUGGGCCUGGUUUCGAAAGACAGUCUAUUUAGGUCCAAAUAUAGUAACAAAAUUUGCGAGUGAAUAUUUACAUCAGAAAACGCAAACGAUUUCAAAAUAUUUUCAAUACAGAAAUCUGGCUUGAACAGAAUAUGCGGAAUGGAAAGGCGACUUAGAAGCCUGGCACACAAUCUCUACCACAAACUGUUUUGUUACCCUUAAAGCUUGGGGACAAAAUUGGCCACUUCCGCGACAAAAUCGACAAUUGCGCAUGUGCUUAUGUUACAUUCAAUAUGCCACAUGAAUACCACUAUUUUCCGUUUUGGUGAUCUAAGCUGUAUCCGAUACUAAAAUCAAUGCAAAUCCAUUGCGAUCGAAUAGAGGGCCUCCUUAUCUCCCUUUGGGUCACUUUCACUAAUUAAAUCAAAGAAUGUUGCCUUUUCGCUCACCAUCACAUGCCAAGAUAUUCAUUAAAGACCCAGCAACUUUCAUGGAGAAAUCGCUCAAAAUUUAGGGCAACCAAGUUGCUGAAGCUGACAUUUUAAGGACAAAAAAGCUUUUGGAGAAUACAUUGACAAAUGAAUUGCACAUGAAACGAUUGAAAACCAUAACAAUAACUUUAAUUAUCAUGAAAUUUCUUUCCACGAAAAAAGUUAUCAACAUUCUCCGCAAGUCGAGAGAGUUAAAAAAAAGGUCAAAAUACCGGGUCCCAUUAUCAUCUAUACCUGUCAUGGCAGGUUCGAUAACAUUCGUUGAGUAUUUUUUUUCUUUCCAUGAUCACUGCUUGCGUCCUUAUACUCUAAUGCACUAGUCGAUUGAAAUCCUCACCCCCCGACCCCCGGGAUAGGGCAGGGAAUUAACUCGUCAAUGCCGGGGAUUUAACGCGGGUUUAACAGCGUGUAGUCGCCGGGGGGCGAGUAAUUUGGCACUUACCUUCAAAUAGCGGGGAUUUUAACAUUGCACCCGGGAGUUACGUUUGGUUAGCACGCGGGCGUACUCCCUUAUGGAAGUCAUAUAGGUAUGUGCCGCUUCAGGUUUUUGGGCCUUUUUGGUCUGAAAAACGGCUAUACACUUUGUCCAUUUUGGUCUGCAAUCGGGUAUGGUUUUCGAGGGAACUACGGGAGUGUAUGAACAUAUUUAAUGAUAUUUUUUACCGAUAUGGCGGCCAUAUUGAAUUAAUUCGAUUUAAUGAGUAUUAUGGGAUACCCAGGGAUCAUAAGCUCGAUCCGUUUUCUCGCCUGGUAUUAGUUUUUAUGCUCCUUCACUGUAUAUUUCUCGGGAAAAAGGCCAUUAUUAUUACAUCCAAUCACGGCACAACGAUGUUUUUUCCAAUUACAAUCUUAUCACGGAAAACUUUAAGAAAAAAUAACCCUAAAGGCACGUAAAUACCAAGCGAAUUUUUUGGAAUGUGCUCAUCCCCUCUGGUUAUCCCAUAAUACUCGUUAAAUCUAAGUAAUACAAAAUGGUCGCCGUACCAGUGAAAAGGUCAGGAGCCCAUGAAAAGGUCUAUUCCAAAUUAGUAAGAAAGAAAGAGAAAUAUGCGAAUUCGAAAUGGAUUUGAAGAAUUUUUUUGUUUGCUUUCUAAUCUAAGUAAUGAUGAAAUAAUUUCUGCCUAAAGGCCAGGUCUGAAAACGUGUUUGGAAAAUGACAUGUCUUGGUCUGAAAUAUGGUCAGGAUUUGGAGAACCGGGCGGCACACUGGUACAGGUUUAUUGGAAACGCUGGUAUUCAGAUGCCAACCUCCUGUGUUCCAGUACAUUACUGUGGAGCACAUGCACCUGGAUGGUUAAGCACUCCGCAUCCAACAAGUGUCGGACAGAUCGUUAAUGGCACAGUGUGCUUUAACUGGGGUGAUAAGUGUUGUAACUGGCAUGCAGACAUCCAGAUAAAGAGAUGUAAUGGAUUUUUUGUUUACGAACUGGUCACAACACCUGUAUGCUGGUUACGGUACUGUGGAAAUGCAGGAUUCGGUGAGUGAAGGGGUCAAAUCCAUUAAUUGUUCGUAAAAUAUCUCCAAGUAAAGAACCAAGAUAACUAAAAUAACCAAAAUCGAUCGUUGAACUUUGUAAGCGACGGAAUAAAGCUUGUUUACAGGAUUAACAAUAUUCGCCUUCCCUUUGAAACUUCUAAAACAACAAUUUAUAGGAAAGAAGACCGCCAAAGUUUACGAGGGAAAAAAUGUGAUGUCCGUCCUUGUCUCUUGACGGGACCGUACCCAAUUUUAUGUCGUGUAAACGGACUUUAAGCGUUACGUCAUUACUCGGCAUUAGUUUUAAAUUUGUUUUCUCCAUUAAUCCCUAUAUACCAUUAUGGCCCAAGUUUACGCUCAAAGAGCGUCUUUUUUCAAAUGCUUCUUGCCUACGGGAACUCUAAUGAGCUUUAUUUAACUCUACAGUUCCUGACAAAAGUAAUUUCCAGUUCAACUAUCCCAACAAAGUCAUCGACGACUACGUCAGGCUCGAUGUGUCCACUUCGGCUUCAGAUGUCACUGCUUUUACUGUCUGUAUGUGGAUAAAAGUUGGCGAUCAGUCGGAUGACGGGACUUUGUUUAGUUGCGCCAUCGAAGAUGAAGACAAUGAACUCCUAAUAACCGACUACUCAAGAUUCAAGAUUUUGAUUGGUGGCAGGAAAAAGUAGGUUUCAGGGAAUCAUUAGCAUGAGGUCUAGAAAGAGAGUCCUGAUCUUGCAUUCCCGCUCCAUUAGUUCACGAGAGUCCUGCAUUCUCAACCUCUGUCAUCGCUACAAUCCCGAAUAUCAUUUCCUUUCCGCCCGAUUCAGCAUCUGUGCCCAAAUUUUGGCGAAUCCCGCUUCCCGGGUAGCAAUCAAAUCCCGUAUCCCGUUGACGUUUUCUGAAUCCCGCACUGUAUUUUGGUCCUGUUCGGGGGCAACACAACAAAUUCGUUUCCAGAGGCUGCAAUCUGUUUUGUCAGCGCGAAGGCUCUGGUGACGAGAUUGGAAACAAAAGUAAACGAGUGUAAUAGUCAUGCGCAGAAGAGGGGCGGCGACAGUGAAAAAGUCAUUGACGUUCUUCUUUCAUCAAAAAUAUUCCAAAAUCCUUGCUUUGCCAAAUGCAUCACUCAGACUACGUCAAAUUUUCUUGGAUUUGAAUGCGAGGGUUAACUGUUUUAAAUAAAUCUUAUGAUGUUGAACACAGAGUUAAGGAAACGAUAACUUUAGAAGUUUGAGAGAAAAAUCAGUUGAAACUUUAAAGACUUAAUUAAUUAUUUAGCUAGUCCAAUUUUUUCGUAUAUUGAUAGGUUUUUUCUGUAUAAUCAUUUUCUUUUACUAAAAUAUCUAGGAGAAGUUGGCAAAAAAGGGAAAACCCCGCCCGUAGCUUUACGCACUGCGCAGACUCCAGUGGGUUUUUAAUUCAGGCGAAAAAAACGGACUAUUAAAUCUCUUGAAAAUAUUCUUCACAGGACACUAAAUGGGGUAACUGCCAAUGAUGACAAAUGGCAUCACAUUUGUACAACCUGGGAGAAUGGUGAGGGUUCGUGGCACUUUUACAUUGAUGCUGAACUGAAGGGAAAUGGAAGCGAUUUCCAAACGGGUCAUGUGAUCAGCAGUGGUGGGAUUGUCAUCCUCGGCCAAGAUCAAGACGAAUACGGAGGUGGAUUCGAAAGUGACCAGAGUUUUAACGGCAAGAUGUUUGGCGUGAACAUGUGGGAUUAUGAAAUGUCGGAGGACGAAAUUGCGCAGCUGUCUUCAAGUUGCUUUGAUCCAGAAGGCAAUUAUCUAAAAUGGAGCGAUUUCAAGGGCGGUGAAGAAGGGGAUGUGGAAAUUGAAGCACCGACAACAUGCCUUCCCUUGCAAUAAGCAUCCACUGAUGAAUCAGUUACUUAAAUUAAGGCUAUAAGCGGACUAGAGUAAUUGUAGAUUGCUAUCGGGGGUGUAUUAAAAGUAAUGCAAGUAUAUAUGUCCUUCGAGUGGUUCAAUUUGUUUUAAAAUGCAUUAAAAACUGAUCUUUUUUGUUUUUAACUCCUUAAUCCUUCAGGAAAAUCGACAUCGAACCUCUUUCAAACGGUUUUCAAAUUUAUACACAAUCUCGUAUCGAGCGACUCUGGGUAUGAGGUGGCACAAGGCCUGGUUUCCAAAGACAGUCUAAUGUCCAAAUAUGGUAAUAAAAUUUGCGAGUGAAUGUUUACAUCAGAAAACGGAAACGUUUUCAAAAUAUUUUCCAUACAGAAAUCUGGCUUGAACAGAGUAUGAGGAAUAGAAGGGCAACUUAGAAGCCUCGUACACAAUCUCGACCGCAAAACCUUAGUUACCCCUAAAGCUUUCUCCCAACUGGAAAAGCCAGUUCCCAUUUUCUCAAAAACACCCUCUCUGGACAUAAAUGUCUGAAAAUAUUUCGAAAUUCUAUAUUAGAGAAAAACCAAGACAACCUUUAAUACAACACAACAGUUAAUACAAAUUUAAACAAAACUUUAUUUCUACUUUCACUCUUGUACUAAAUAUUCAACUGUCAAAAUGGGAAAAAAAUUAACCGUCAACACCAUCAAAGCGACCACCGCAUUGAGACUCUCGAUCAUCUGUCCCAAGUUCCAAUCUCUUACAGAAGCGUUUCGGUUUUGGAAUUACUGAGCGAGUAAACUAAGAUUUGCACUACAAUUUAUUUGCUCACCUAUGCUAAUUCGCUAAAAUCGACUGAAAAGACAAAUAUUAUGAGAUUCGUGUGAAUUAUGUAACGCUCGGUGAUUAUAUUCCUGUUUUGAACAUUGUAUAUCUUACGUACCCCAACUUACUAGAAUCCUUAUCGAGAAUCUUUGGUAGUUAGGGUCAAACUCUCUCUCUCAAUGGUCUGUACAGUGACAAUCUGUCAAACAGGGGUAACUUUCCCUGUACGGUUGUCCUAUAAAGAAGGGAAGGGUAGUCUUUCAAAAAGUCUCAGAGAGGUGCAUUCUUACGGCCAACUCAUUUGAGUUUAAUUUACUAAGAGGCAACUCGAGAGAAAAGUGAAUCCUUUUCAGAGCAGUCCACGGCGGUUUCAAAGAGCUUUUUUAUUAUUCAUAUAAUUAUAGUAUCCACUAAUUACUUUUUGACCACUUCGCAUUGAUGAAGUAAUUGAUUAUUUUUAUUUUUAUUUUUAAUUUUUUUGUGAAGAGCCUUAGAGCUUAUGUCAGUGUUAAUUGAUUCUCUCUUGACAUGGAGUGAUGUUUUGUAAUGAAAUAGUGCGCAAUUCGAUACCAUUUUAAAAAGCUCAGAAUCAACAGAAUGGAAGGACGCAGAAUAAAGUGUUAAUUAAUGCGAAUAGAAUGCAAUUCAGUAAUAAAUAUUUACCCUUUUUCUAGUUGGCAAUAAAUUUAGAAUUACGUGCACAGGUGAGAAUAGGAGCGAUUAAUUACAUUUUGUGAAGUGAAGAAAAAAAAUCGCAAUCUUUAAAUUACCCAAAGAUAACACAAAGCAGUACGAUCUUACCAAAGUGUCUUAAUAAGUAACUGAGAUUCGUUUGUUUUUGUUCAAACACUAUGUAGAAAAGCUGAAUAAACUUUGCUAUAUUGCUUUAUUGUACAGUGCGUGGCAAACACUCUCACGUAGCCACCCAGGUUUGAGGAAUCAGUGAUUCUUCUGGGAACUUGUUGUUCUUUUUCGUGUUUUUAUUGGUGAGUGAAUUUAGUUUAGUUACCUUUUUCUUAUCGCUCGGUUUUCUUUUUUGUCAGUUUUUUUUUUCAAAUAUGCAUAUUAUCACUGUAACUUCAAUUUCUCGGCGUCGCGUUACGUAAUCGUUAUUGUCAAAUUUCGUAAGUUCAUUAGUUCUAUUGUCAGUUGCUUGUUCAGUUCAAAAUAAAUUAUUUCUCUUUCGUCCAUUCAAAUCAGUCGUUGUACCCUGAGUUGCCGAACAGAUCUUGUAAGUAUGGUUUGUCCUGUAUUUUUGCUUGUUUUUUUUUCGAUUUUUUGUCGGUGCCAAAGUUUUUUUUUUUGGCAAAGUUUUGCACUUCUAAUUUAUUAAUUCUGUAUUUUCCUUCGUUCAAAAUUAUUUCUAAUGAACCGUUAAGUGUUGAAGACUAUUCAAGCUGCACUGGGAGUUUAGGCUACAUUGUCCUUCGUUUGUCUGGGCUUCAAUUGGCCAACACCUCUGUGUAGAAGUGUUAAGGCCUUUUUUUUCAUUACUUGCUCUAAGUCUGAACCAAUUCGUUCGACAGUCGUUUGAGAAUAAGUGGAGUGCUCAACGCUAAAAUGAGUCAGGGCAUUGUUUUUACAGAGGUCUGAUUUUUUUUUUACCAGUAGAAGGAAACGACAUUUUCCAAAUUGUUGAUAACCGGCAGGUACGAUUAUCGGCUUUUUGAUGGAAACUUGACAAUGCAUGGUAUCGAAAACUUUCUCCUAAUCAUGGUAUAACUUCUUUCCCCUAUGAUUCCAAAAACAUUUUUUUCAACUGCUUUGUUUUUCUUCGUGAUUGUUGUUGUUGAAGACUAUUUUCUUCAUGAUUGUUGUUGUUGUGUUUGUUUGUUUGUUUGUUUGUUUUUUCUCAAGCAAAAGGCUUUAUUUGACGCACAGUGAAGAGCAUGUACCCUGUAAAUUAUGUUUUGGUACUCAACCUCUCUUACCUGAAGACCUGAAGUGUGACUGAAUAAUCGAUUAGAAUUUGAAAAUAAAACUAACAUCUCUACGUAUCACAAAAUAUUUCAUUUGCAAGCGGCUCUUCGGGUUUUCUUCUUUGAUAAUAUAAAAUAGCGGACACAGCAUCCUCCAGCCCCUCCGUUUCUUCUAGCACUGACAACCUAAAAAAAGGAUCCAUCUAAGUAUGAUUAUUCAUUGUCAUCUACAACUAAUAGCCGAGUUUCCAAUGUCGUCAUUUCCACACUCAAAAUUAACUCACAUUCUUUCAUGCAGACAGUAACCAAUCAGAAGUCGAGAACAGUUUCCAGCUGGCUUUUGAUUGGAUUACUGAUGUAAAGAAUGUGAAUAAAUCAAAAGCGGUCACACAUUAGGGGUCCUUGCAGAAAAUUUUGUAACCAUAAAGCGUAAACUAUCUGUGUUGGUCGAUAGGGUAAUGUCAGUUGCUUCUUAUUUUUGCUGUUGUAAAUAAGGUCAAUUGGUUGUCAACAAGCACUGUUUUAUAUUUUGCAGCCCUUUUUAACCAAAGUUCGCAAGAAUUCUUUCCCAGCAGGAUAACCACGUUUAAGGUGUGUACUGAUAAAUUCAGUAUAAGAUUGAUUGAUUUGCUAAGGCUGUCAUGCAAAGCCCAUUCCCUUUUUAACGAAACAAAAUCCACAAUUAUUUUCGAGAUAAUUGUAAAGAAAUUUAAUGAUUGUUUUGCCUAUUCGUUCCAUUUAGUCUUCAGCUUCAUUCUGCGAAUCUUUGUUAAUGUCGCACACUGUUAAGUAACUUAAUAAACAAGGGUGUUGCAUUUAACCUCCUCGAUGAUAGUGAAUGACGGAGCCUUGUACAUGAUGUGAGUUGGUUCCAGUUUGUUUGUUUGUGGACAAGGUCGGAUUGUGACCUCUGAAUUGAAACCUCUUCAACACUACUUUUUUUACGGUAUUGCAUGUAUUUCAACAUUUUACAAAAAUUUAGAAAUUGUGCUGAUGUUUGACCUAAGACUGAACGAGCUCAUGACGCUUAAAACACAUUCUUCACGGCCUUGAACCGUUAGUUUGGCAGACUGUGGUUGGCCGUUUGUUGCAAUGUCCACUUCUUGAAUUUUGCAACAAAAGACCAACCAUAGUAGACCACUUAGUUAAAAACCUUUUAAUUCCCUUUUAAAUAACUUAUUUUUUCCUACUUAAAUCCUACCCAAGAAAAUUCGAGGAAAACUUGAAAACUGCAGCUGUGUUUUAACAGUUUAAAAACACAUUUAAUUGUAUGAAUUAUUUAAAAUGAGAAAUUAUGGCCAUUGAAACCAAGCGAAAACAAAGCAUCAAGCAGUUUUUCCUGGGUAAGCAACAGUUACAGUUCGUGAUAAGUAUUUUUUUGUCGUAUUUGUCGUCACAUUGGCUCUGUUGGCUGGCAAACAGAUUAAGCCGUUUCGUGGUCACUGCUGGCGUCGCGUAGGCGUGACAAACUGAUGAAAAUUAAUUAUGAUCUUUUCACUAUGUUUCAAAAUAAAUUGCUUUUAUUUCAGAUCAGGCUUGAUUCUCGUCACCGUUUAUCUUUUUCCCGGACUAUACGCGACCUUUUAACACACUCGUACAUACAUACACACUUUAUUGAGACUCCGUUCAACAGGGCUUUUCGGUCACCAUGUUAACUAUUACAUAAUACUGUUAAUCAAGAAAAGAAAACUUAUUUACAGUGGUUAAUUAUUCAAAAUACAUUCAAAAUUAUUCAAAAUAUAUUCAAAAUUAUUUCGUACAAGACAUAUAAUUAAAAAGUGUCUGUUUAAAACUAUCAAUAUCCAUACACUCGUCGAAACUAGGCGAUAAAAUUCAUUUAUUCAUUUCAGCUACUUAACCUCACUUGAAACAAAACUAACGAGCUAUUGAGAAAGACAUUUGAACAACAAAAUAAAAAACAACUGCUCUUUUUGAAUUAGCGCGCAGGACUCCUCACUAAGAAAUUUUAGUAAGGGCCGCGUGCAUUGGAGCUAAUUUUACAAUUUCAUCCCAAUUUUUUUGCCUUAAUUUCACGCAGGAAGAAACAUGGUUGUUACGAAAGCAGUUGUCAUUCUCCUGAUUGGUCUUUUUACACUGGAUCUGGCACAGAUCGGAAUAUCAGGUGAAAAUCGAUUUAGUUCAGUUAGACUUGAGCCUAUAAGCCCAGGGACUCCAUCUGCACUAUUAAGGUGCAACAGUUUGUUAGGCUUAGGCAAAACGCUGAACUUUUCAUGGGACGAAACCAACCUUUAAUGUAGGUCAACCUAAAUUGAGUUAAGAUGGUCUGUUGGGUCAGACGUCGAACUUAGGAAGUUCAGAGUUUUUGUUUUGCUUAUUAAACCUGUUGCUUGCCGCGAAGACGUAUUUGCUUUGAUACAAGCCAAUUGAAAGAGAUAAGGCACUGGCCGGGCUGAUGGACCCCUGAUUUCAAUAGCAUUCAGGCCGAACACUCACAUCUAAGCAUCUAUCUAAGCUCGCAUUUUGUCUAUAAACGGUUUGAGCCCAUGCACUUAUGAUUUAAAACUUUUGUUUUUUAUAUAUAGUUUUUUCUUCUUUCAUUGAUAGCCGUUAUAUGAAUUGACGCGUAUUAAAGUAUAAUUGCUCAUUCUGUUUAAUUCCUCGGGGAGUGAUUGAUCUGUAAAAAGCGAUACCUUGUUAUGGUCAAUCGACAGCUGUCAAAAUAGGGUAUCCGCUGAUCAGUGUCACAUGACUGUAUCGCAGGCUUAAGUAUUCAACUAAUUGACGUGACGAGUUUUUUUUAAGUUUUCUACUGACCAUUUAUGGUAUUGAAGUGAUCGUAGGCUAAGAAAAAUUUACUUCAGAAAGACAUUUCAUAAAGUACAUGGAUGAAGAAUUCAUUUGAUACCAAACAACAACGGAGUAUUACUGUUUACAAAAUUUUUGUUCGUGUAGACAUUUCACUCAUUUUUUUUACUUCAGUUUUGCGUAUAUUUGCCACCUUAAAAGUUCACACGAGAGCUUCGCUUUUGGAUUUGGCUAAAUCUAUUUAUAAAAUGACCCGUACGUAUUGGUACUCAAUAAUAAAAGUAACUGGUCUGUUAACAGCGAGACUCUGUGACUCGAGUCCAUGCUUGAAUGGAGGUACGUGUAGCAACCUACCACGUGGGAGGUACAGUUGUCAGUGCAGACCAGACUGGACGGGCGCAAGAUGUGGAGGUAGGUAAGGGGGAAGGGAAAGUUACAUAUAAUAAUACAAAGAACUGCUGUUUAGAAGACUGUUCACCAUUUGCUCAUCUCCCAAAACAUACCUUCUAUGGGAACUCUAAUGAGCUUUCUUUAACUCUACAGUUCCUCACAACGAUAACUUUCAGUUCAACUUUCCCAACAAAGUUGUCGACGACUACGUCAGGCUCGAUGUGCCCUCUUCGGCUUCAGAUGUCACUGCUUUUACUGUCUGUAUGUGGAUAAAAGUUGGUGAUCAGUCGGAUGACGGGACUUUGUUUAGUUACGCCACCGAAGAUCAAGACAAUGAACUCCUAAUAACCGACUACUCAACAUUCAAGAUUUUGAUUGGUGGCAGAAAAGUGUAGGUUUCAGGGAAUCAUUAGUAUGAGGUCUAGAAAGAGAGCCCUGUGCUCGCAUUCCCACUCGUUAUUCACGAGAGUCCCGCAUUCCCCACUCCUUUUUCACGAACGUCCCGCAUUCCCCACUCCUAGUUCACGAGAGGCCCGCCUUUCCACUCCUUUUUCACGAGAGUCCCGCAUUCCCGACUUCUCUCAUCGCUAUAAUCCCGAAUAUCAUUUUCUUUCCCAAUCCCGCAUCUGUGCCCAAAAUUUGGCGAAUCCCGCUUCCCGGUUAGCAAUCAAAUCCCGUAUCCCGUUACGGUUUUCUAAAUCCCGCACUGUAUUUUGGUCUUGUUCGUAGGCAACACAACAAUCUGGUUCCCAGAGGCUGCAAUCCUUUUUUCAGCGCGAAGGCUCUGGGGACGAGAUUGGAAACACGAAAGUAAACGAGUGUAAUAGUCAUUCUAGAAGACGGGCGGCGACAGUGAAAAGGUCAUUGACGUUCUUCUUUCAUCAAAAAUAUUCCAAAAUGCUUGCUAUGCCAAAUUCAAUACUCACUACGUCUAAUUUUCCUAAAUUUGAAUUUGAGGGUUACCUGUUUUAAAUGAAUAUUAUAACAUCCUGAACACACAGUUAAGGAAACGAUAACUCUAGAAGUUUAAGAGUUUUGAGUGAAAUCGGUUGAAACUUUAAGGACUUAAUUUAGUACUUAGCAAGACCAACUCUAAACAGUCAUUUUCUUUCACUAACAUAUCUAGGAGAAGUUGGCAAAAAAGGGAAAACCCCGCCCGUAGCUUUACGCACCGCGCAAUCUCCAGUGGGUUUUUGAAUUAGCCGAAAAAAACGGACUAUGAAAACUCUUGAAAAUAUUCUUCACAGGAGACUAGAUGGGGUGACUGCCAAUGAUGACGAAUGGCAUCACAUUUGUACAACCUGGGAAAAUGGCGAGGGUUCGUGGCACUUUUACAUUGAUGCUGAACUGAAGGGAAGUGGAAGUGAUUUCGAAACUGGUCAUGUGAUCAACAGUGGUGGGAUUGUCAUCCUCGGCCAAGAUCAAGAUGAAUACGGAGGUGGAUUCGAAAGUGACCAGAGUUUUAACGGCAAGAUGUUUGGCGUGAACAUGUGGGAUUAUGAAAUGUCGGAGGACGAAAUCGUGCAGUUGUUUUCAAGAUGCUUUGGUCCAGAGGGCAAUUAUCUAAAAUGGGGCGAUUUCAAGGGCGGUGAAGAAGGGGAUGUGGAAAUUGAAGAACCGACAACAUGUGCUCCCUUGUCAUAA